CUUUGUUUCCCAGUCCACGAUCCAACCUCAACUGAACCUUUUGCACGCCCCUUUCAUCCAGUUGUAUCUUCAGCAAGAUAUCCUCAGCCUCCAGCCCUAAAACCACAACCACAUCCAUCACCAUGCCUCCCAAGAAGACCGAGACCAAGGCCGCCGAUGCCUCUGCCGCCGCCGCUCCUGCUCCCGCCGCUGCUCCCACCUCUGCUCCCAAGACCAAGAGCCCCAGCACCCAUGCCUCUUACCUUGACAUGAUCACGGACGCUAUUGUUGCGGUAUUUAAACCCCCUCAUUAUCUUUGUUGUGGCGUGUUUUGGUUGUGGGCGCUUCUCUGGUCGGUGAGCAAAAUGAGACAAUUGCUCUCAUGAUGCACGCAACCAAGAGUCACCCACACCACUCACCACCCUUUUACUGUCCCUCAGUCGUGCUGAUUCCUUCUUUUUGUCAUGCUACAGCUCAAGGACCGCGCUGGAUCUAGCCGUCAAGCUCUCAAGAAGUAUGUCCGUGCCAACAACACGCUCGGCAACGUCACCGACAACAUGUUCGACUCGCUCUUCAACAAGGCCUUGAAGAACGGUGUCGACAAGGGUGUCUUUGAGCAGCCCAAGGGUCCUUCCGGUGGCACCAAGCUUGCCAAGAAGGUCGCUAAGCCUGCUCCCAAGAAGGCUGCUCCCAAGAAGGAGACCAAGGAGAAGAAGCCCGCUGCCGCUAAGAAGGAGGGUGCCGCCAAGAAGGAGACCAAGGAGAAGAAGGCUCCUGCUGCCAAGAAGGCGGCUGCCCCCAAGAAGGCUGCUGCUCCCAAGAAGGAGGUCAAGGAGAAGAAGGCGGCUGCCCCCAAGAAGAAGGCCGCUGCUCCUGCCGUUGCCGACAAGGAGACCGUCCUCACCAAGACCAAGUCUGGCCGUGUCGCCAAGAGCACCGCUAAGCCUGCUGCCGCCAAGAAGGCCGCUGCUCCCAAGAAGGCUGCCGCCAGCAAGAAGGCCGAGAAGGCCGAGCCCGCUGCCGAGAAGGCAUAAACUCGUUCCUUUGGGAUGAUGUUUUUGUCUCUUUUUUUGCGCCUCGGUCUCUUCUCAUGAUGUCUUUAGUCAUUUUUUCACCACCACUUGCGAUGUGACGGGCUUACUCGAAAGGCGUUUGGGGAAUCAUAUUGCUUGGGAACACUUAUCAACAUAAGGGGGGGUUUUCAUUGGUCUACAAGUCAACGCGUUUUGCUCUUUUUCACAACAUCGCCACAGCGCGCGCGGGGGGUAGCUUCUUGUUUCUGGCUUUCAUGUAUCUUGGAUUCACACAUCACUCAUGGGGAUUGAGGAGGUUUGGAUCGUUUGUGCUGAAACGCAACGGAGGGUAGGUUUGGGCUACAACCUAUGGAUGAUUGGGAAAUGGGAAACGGGCGACCGGCGGCUUCGAGGGUGUCUCAAGAAGCGAAGGACAUACACCAAAAAGCCUUAUCUUGGAUACUGCAUUGCAUAUAUAAUCCGUCUUGGAACGAUACCACUUUUUCUUCUUCAAAUACCCUGAGCAAGCGCUUUGCCCUUUUAGUUUGACAUGGCUACCUGACGAUUUCGCAGUGUAGUUCUGAAAAAGCCGAGAAUUUGGUUUGAUGAAUACGAAGUUUGGAGCGAAGGACCUUGAAGCGAUGAUCUGGCGGUCUGGUAGUGAUGCUGAGUCCAGAGGCGAGAAGGCGGCUUCAAUCGCUUCAUUGUAUCUGAAAUAUAUCACGAGGGAUACCCUAUUGCUACGACGAACGAAAUUCGCAAACACUUUUUUUUUUUU